AUGCUCUAUGCCAUACUGGAGUACUUUGGAGGAUUGACCAACCAAACCACAUCCCCAGUUAAGACACCCCCCCCUCUUACGCUCAAGAUGAUGUAUACUCGGCUAGGGCUCUUGGAUGAUUAUACCUCCAAAGUUCUGUGUCUCAGCUGCUGGGAGUUCAAAUCUUUCCUGGAAGAUCAACCAGAUGCAGAACUUCUGCAAGAUCUUGGAGAAGAGAGCAACCUGCCCAUAUCAUCCACCUUGGAUGACAGGUGGCAAAGACAAUGCCGUCACUGCAACACUGAGCUAUACAAGGAGCCUCCCAAGACUGGCAUCCCCCACCCACAUUGUCAAGCACCUUAUCAUCUCCUUUCCCAACAACUGGCUGCCUUCUUGGGACAGCCCAGUUUCAAAGCUGCUUGUGAAGACUAUUUGGAUUCAGAGAGUGUUCCUGGUACCUACUCAAGGAUUCAAGAUGGUUUGGUAUGGCAGAAUCUCAAGUGUCCUGACAGUUUGCCCUUCUUUCCUAUGACAAGAUUGCAAGCAGAAUCCCAAGCCAAACUUCAUCUAGGCAUGCUCUUGUCUCUUGACUGGUUCAACCCAAACUUGUCAGCAAUGGCAGCCAGCCUUUCAUCUGGCCCUUUGUCAAUCUGUGUGGCCAACCUUCCCCCAGAACUUUGGUCACCAGGUUCAAGUUGCAUUGCUGGCAGUGGUGUGCGACCACCCUGCACUGGUGAAGAUGUGUGGGUUCACAGACCAGAUGCACUGGCGCUGGCCUUGCACCCAGUGCAAGGCCUAAUGAAGAACUUGUGGUUCUUGGUUUGGGUGCAGGGAGGUAAGGAUGAUCAUACAAAGGUUGUGCUGCACAGCUGGACUGAGGCUGGUAUGUUACAAGAGUUAGAUGCCAUCCACAAAGCACUGGCAACUUUGGAGAUGCUGGGAUGGUUUGCACGUUUGCCUAAGCAGGUUGGUGAACCUGGAGGAGGCAGCCUCACCUCUGAUGAGUGGAGGGCCAUUGCCAUUCUGUAUGGUCUGGCAGUGAUUUACACCAGACAUGAAGUGAAUGACCACAAACUCGCUAGAGCAGUGCACCUCUAUUGGGAAUACUUUGAGGAAUUUGUUGAGAUCUAUGGGUUGGUCAACACAACACCCACUUUCCAUUGGGUAACCCAUAUGGACAAGCAAAUUCAGUGGCUGGGGCCAGUCCAUGGCUUCUGGACAUUUCUGUUUGAACAUCUCAACAAGAUCCUCAAGGAUUUCAAAACCAAUGGUCACAAGGGUGGUUCUCUGGAGAUCACAUUUGCAAGGGAAUUCAAAUGGGAGAUGGGGCUGGCCCAGCUGACCAAGGAUGCCCUGGCAAGACUCAUUGCUACUGAGCUCCAAAAGUGUUCUCAUGAUAUCACAUGCACAGGGACCUUAGCCACCUUUGCGGCACAGUCUCACCCCCAUAUGUCUGGCCAUCCCCAUCCCUGCAUUGCUGCUGGGACAUUGCACACUGAUACGUUAGGAAGGGAAGUUCAAGAUGAAUUGCUAAGUUGCUGCAACCAGGAGUCCAAUGGGUCGCCUGGUGUCAAAGAGCCACAGACCUUCACCUUUGUCAAUUGGCUGGUUCCUCUGCAAGACACACCACCACAUGCUGAGCUGUACAAAGGAUUUAAGGAACUGGAGGUCAAUUUCUGGCAAUAUGACAUGUACCAAAUGAAUGAUGUAGGACCAGAUGCCAUCAUAUCAGCAAGCAAAAUAAGUGGGGUUGCUGCUCAAUUAAAGUGCACUUCAGACAUAUACUGGCUUGGGAUUAAGACUGAACUAAUGACAGGAUGGUCACUCAUUGUAAACAAAGAGUGA